GAAGAGAUUACGGGGAAGCACUGUUCAUUCUCUUCUCCGCUCGAACCAUCGGCGGAGCAGCGAAAGAUCUCCUUCCUCCCUCGGUUUCACUUUGCUCUCUCUUUUUCUCCUUCUCUCUCGGUCUUCCUCCUCUUCCCCUUCUUCUUCUUCUUCUUCUUCUUCUUCUUCUUCUUCUUCUUCUUCUUCUUCUUCUUCUUCUUCUUCACCGAACCUAUUCUUGGAGACGACGACACUGUGCAUUUCCUUCCUCUGCCAGGCCCAGAAGUACAGCGGCGGUGAUAGGGAAUCCUUCUCACCAUCGAAUCUCCCCUUCUUUCUUCUAUUUUUAUCUCUUCCGAAAGCACUGUUUAUCGUCGUUGUUCAUCGUCUUCCGGUGAACAGCGGCGGCGAACUCUCCCCUCUCUGAUUGCUCCUUCUCGCUCUGUAAGACUCCCUCUCCCCUCUCUCCUCCAUUUCUUUCUCUUCCCAUACCCCUUUCUCCUUUUGUCGCCUAUCCCACCUUCAACGUGAAGCAGAGGAGUUGCAGAGCAAGCUCUCGUUCGGACAGAAUACCGGUGCAGCUUCAGUACUGAUUUCGUCAAAUAAUCUGGGUUUCUGUGAAGUCCAGAAGCAAGCCUCCUCCUUUUCACCGUAGUUCAGCCAGGCUAUUCUCUUCUUUUAUUUUCCGGCAACAUUUUGGGAAUAAGCGUGAUCAGGAGAAUAUUUGCAUUUAAAACCUGUAUAUGGGGACUCCAGCCCAUAAGGAAUAUGCAGAAUUUCAAGAGAAAGUCAAGAGGACAGUCUAUGUUGACAACCUGUCACCACAGAUCACAGAAGCUGUCUUAAAAACUGCACUCGAACAGUUUGGAAAUGUCAGAGAUGUUCAGUUCAUCCCAAACUAUACAGAGGCAAAUGAAAUCCCCCAGUGUGCCUUGGUGGAGAUGGAGACAGCAAAGCUAGCUAAAGCAAUUAUCAUGGAGAUGACUGACUAUCCUUUCAUGUUGGGUGGGAUGCCAAGGCCUGUUAGAGCCCGUGCAGCUGAAGUGGAGAUGUUUAGUGAUCGUCCCAUAAAGCCUGGUAGAAAGAUACAGAUUCGUUGGAUGGAUCCCAAGGAUCCGGAUUUUGAAGUUGCUAAGAAGUUGAAGCACCUUACAAAGAAACAUGUUGCAGAAGCUUCGCUGCUUCUCAAGCAUCAACUUGAAGAAGAAAAGAAGCUUGCAUAUAGUCAGGCAGAGAAUCUUGAAGUAAACUACAAGAAGUAUGAAAUGAUAGACAAUCUCAUAAUUGAUGGCACUUUUCGGCGGUUGUCUUCCAAAUACAAUUUGGAAUUACAAGAUAGUUAAUUAGAUUUUCAUGUUAUAUUAUUUUGUACCAAGUUAUCUUUUUCCAUUUAUUGGUAAUUGCUAUUAUGGUCAUUUGCGGUGGUGAUAUAUUUUUUGCUGCUAUUUUGUUAACCAUUCCUUGUGUGCAUAAUCAAUUUACCUUGGGAUGGUAUGAGAUCUAA